AUGCAUUCCCCAUGUAUAUCAACGAGCCGUUGCGACAAAGCGACAGAAUGCUUCAUGAAAAGAUUGUAUACGUUCAUAAAGUGUAAGAUAUGUCACACGAACACCGCAUUGUACCAGACAAGUUCCAAUAAAAUAAUAUGUCGACAGUGUAAAGAAAAAGGGAAGUUUAAAAAUUGCAUAUUUGCACACACUUUGUUCAACCUUAGCAACUAUUUUCAUAAUAAUGUUUUUAAUCGCGGUUCUACUCCCUCUGAUUCUUCGUUUGCAGAGGAGUGUCCGCAAACAGAUGCUGGCGUGGCAUGUGCUUCUGAUUACACGAGCAAUGCAACAAUAACUAUAGAAAACGCUAAUAAAGACGCCGAAAUUUCGAAACUUUCAUUUUCGUUGGGUAGUUACCUCGAAUCAUCCCCUCUGAAAUCCAAUGCUACGCAGCGAAGUGCAAAGAUGCCCGUGCUAAAAUACAAUUCUUUGUCAUCUGAUCUUGAUCACUUCGACUGUCCACUCAGGCCAACCUCUCUUGAUUUAUCCGAUUCGCCAGCUAAGGCAGGUUUGGCAUUCCAUCCAACAACGUUAUCGCUACCCCCUGAAAAGCAUCAUAAACAGCUAAGAAUCGUCCUUAGAAGAAAUAGAACUGAUAAAAUCGAUGAAAUUGGUGACAUAUACAUGUGUUUUUCGAAUCUUAAUGAGUAUCAACAGCGAUAUGUGGCCAAAAAAUUCAAAAUGUACAAAAAAAAGUACAAAAGAAUUUUUUUGUGCAAGAAAAUGAGCACCAAAGUCACGCAUCUCAUCAUAAACACAUCUUCAAACAUGUGUAUAAGAUCUUACAAAUAUCUAUACGCUGGACUAAGAGGAAUUUACAUCCUAAAUUUUGCGUUUUUUAUUGAUUUUGAAAAUCAAAUGGAGGAUAAAUGCAGCUGGUACCAAUUUUUUGUUGAUGGUGAUCUGUCAUACGGAAUAAAUAGCCUAUCGACCAAUGUCUUAAGAAAAGACAAUCUAAUUUUUGAGCGAGUCAAUUUCACUAUUGAUCGGAAGAAAACAAGCUAUCAGCUGACCAAGCUUGUGCAGCUAGGAGGUGGCACAAUCAAUUCAAAGAAAAAAAUUGAUAUUAAUAUAACAAUAGAUCAUCCUUGUGAAAUAUAUGACUAUAUCUCAUCAAAUAAAAGGCUCGGUUAG